GAACUUAACGAAUUUUACGCCAAUUCUGAGUCAGAAGAUGAGUUCGGUUUUGAGGGAACAGAUGAAAGUCUUGAUGAUUUUGAAAUUGAACCACAAAAACAAGGUAAGAUUGGAAAUUUAUAUAAACAAAAUGUAAAAUGCAUUGUAUAAAACAGUUUAUGUACUAAAAUGUUUUCCUUGUAUUAUAGUAUUACAAAAUAUUGAGACUGAUGAAGGUGUAAUCAAUUUUGAAUUUGAUAAUUUUGAGGAAUUAUGUAAGAUUAUACGUAAUAAUAAUAUGGAAAUAAGUUUUAUUAUUUCAUAAGAAUUUCUGUGUUAUAGUGUAUAAUAUUUAUUAUUUAUUUAAAAUUGUAUAGUUACUAUUUCUCCAAUAAAUGUUUUAUCUUCACAACUAGGUGAACAUGUUCAAAUUGAUGCAGAAGAAAAUAGUAAGCAAUGCAUCUUUAUAAUUUGUAUAAUUGAUAAAAAUUCUUGCUAAGCUAAUAAUUGAAGUAUAAAUAUUUAUACAUAUAUUUAUAAUAAAUUAAGUCUUACUAUUUAAUUUUGUUUGGAGGUAUUCUAGGAAGGUAUAUAAAUUAUUUUAUUUUUUUUUAUUUAGAUCUCAAUCGAUUUUAGAAUCAUCUACUAGUCAACCAGUUACAGAAAUAUGCACUGCAAAUGUACUUAAAAGAAGGGUGUCUUUACCUUCAAAACCAUUUGGUCCACUGAAAUUUGAGAAAGACAGUUGAUAAUUAUGAUCCAAAAAUCAAUUCCUUUAAUCAAAAUCAUGCAAUUACAUUUCUAAAGUGAAGUACUUUCAAUAACUGUAAUUUUAUUUUCAUGAAAUCUAAUAUUUUAGGUUGGAAUACAGGAAAAAGAAUAUGAUAUGAAUGAAAAUUUUCCAGUGUUGGACUUUUUUGAAGCAUUUAUAACGCCAAAACCAAAGGGAAACAUUGUUUAUAAAACCAACCAAUAUACACAACAACAACCAACAUCUUCAGAGUACUCCGGAUUG